UACAGCGAACACGGCAGACUGCAGACUGACCGAAGGAGACUGUGCAUGUACCUGGACAUUAAUCUGUCCAACUGCGAAGCCUGUUCGGCUCUUUAUCGACGGAGGACAUUGGUUAUCUAGUGGACGCCUCCUGACCUGGGGCAAAUAGGUCAAAUAACCAGUUUUCGUUGAUUAUGAAGGUGAAUUACAGCUACCACAACAGCGCGGUGUGUGUUUGCAUGAUGAGCGGCUGAGGAGGAGGAGGAGGAGAAGGAGGCUGCGGUCUGAAACUAGAUGUUAUCCUGAAUAUUUCGAACCAAACGUCGUGUCGUUAAAACAAAGGGGCUGUGUACGACUCUAAUAUGCUACUGUGUGCUCUGGAGGGUCUUUUCCAUCCCGGUUUUCAGGGGGCUGACCUGUUUUCUGCUCCCUGAGAAUCCUCCAGGAGCGGGACGUUGAACGUUUUUUCCUCCAGAUAUGGAGUGUGAAGAUGCGGAUUACAGAGGAAUCCCCGCCGCCUGUUUAGUCGCAUUGGUCUCUCCAUACGCAUCGAUGCGGCGUUAUUUUUGGCAGGAAUAAACAGAACUAUGAAUACAUAUUGUCUGGAGAGAGGAAUUAAUCGGUGAUUUUGGAGCACCAUUGGACUCCCACUAGAAACGUGAGAGAGCUAUCCUGCUAGCCUGUUUGUGAUAGCUAUUAGCUCCAUUAGCCGGCUAACAGCUAAAAAGGGUCUGGCUGGAGAUUAAAAAGCUGGUUAGUGAUUCUGACCAAGGUCUGACGACGUUUGGUCCUCUCGACAUAUUUAUUUACAGGAUUUGGGGGGAAAUAUUUAUCCAGGAAUGAAGUCUCGAAUGGAAAGGAGACGCUUGACCUUGUUUUGGGGUCUGAUGCUGGGUCUGUCGUCCUGCCUCCGGCCCGCCACCGCAGAGAUAUGUGGCCCUGGCAUUGACAUUGGGAAUGACAUCAGUGAAUUCAAGAGUUUGGAAAACUGUACGGUGGUAGAGGGAUACUUACAGAUCCUCCUCAUCGGUGACAAAAACAACAACAAUAUCAACCAGGAAGUCUUCCGCUCCCUCAGCUUCCCCAAGCUCACUAUGAUCACCGACUAUCUGCUGCUAUUCCGUGUGUCUGGCCUGGACAGCCUGAGCACACUCUUCCCUAACCUCACUGUCAUCCGUGGACGUAACCUCUUUUAUAACUACGCCCUGGUAAUAUUUGAGAUGACCAGCCUGAAAGACAUUGGCCUGUACAACCUGAGGAACAUCACCCGUGGUGCCAUCCGGAUAGAGAAGAACCCUGAGCUCUGCUACCUGGACUCCAUAGACUGGUCCCUCAUCAUGGAUGCAGAGGUUAACAAUUUCAUUGCCGGCAACAAGCAGUCCAAGGAGUGCAGCGAUGUUUGUCCCGGCAUCAUGGAGAACCAGCCUCAGUGCAAAAAGGACGUCUUCAACAACAACUACCAGUACCGCUGCUGGAAUUCCAAUCACUGCCAGAAAGAGUGCCCAGAAAAGUGUCCGAGGCGAGUUUGCACAGAGGAUGGCGAGUGCUGCCACCCUCAGUGUCUGGGCAGCUGCACAGUCCCCAAUAAUGACACAGCAUGUGCUGCAUGUGUGCACUACUUCCACCAAGGGCGCUGUGUGCCAGACUGCCCUCCCGGCACCUACAAGUUUGAGGGCUGGCGCUGCAUCAGUGCUGAACUUUGCUCCAAAGUCAACCCCCCUGACGCCGACAGCCACAUUAUCCACGGAGGAGAGUGCAUGUCUGAAUGCCCAUCUGGGUACACGCGCACCGCACCCAACAGUAUGUUCUGUACAGCCUGUGAUGGCCUGUGUGAUAAAGUAUGCGAGGAGAAGGUCAUUGACUCCAUGGAUGCUGCUCAGUCUCUCAAAGGCUGUACCGUUAUCAAAGGCAACUUGCACAUCAACAUCCGCAGAGGCCACAACAUGGUUGCAGAGCUGGAGAGUUUCACUGGUCUGAUCCAGAGGGUAACGGGGUAUGUGCGGAUCAGACACUCCCACACUCUGAGCUCCCUGGCCUUUCUCCGCAGCCUCAGAUACAUCGAUGGAGAAGAACUCCUUGACGACUUGUACGCCUUCUCAGCAUUUGACAACCAGCAGCUCCAGUAUCUCUGGGACUGGAAGCAGCACAAUCUGACCAUCAAGACAGGAAAGCUGUACUUCAGAGCCAACCCGAAGCUCUGCAUGUCAGAGGUCCGAAAGAUGUGGGAGAAGACAGGAAUUCAGGGCCGCUUCGCUGAGACUGAUUUCCGGAAUAAUGGCGACAGAGCUAGUUGUGAAAGCACAAUCCUCAAGUUUAAGUCCAACAGCACCAGCAGUACAAGGAUCAAACUGACCUGGCAGCGUUACCGACCCCCCGACUACAGAGACCUCAUCAGCUUUAUUGUCUACUACAAGGAGGCGCCGUUUCAGAACAUCACAGAGUUCGAAGGGCAAGAUGGCUGUGGCUCCAACAGCUGGAAUAUGGUGGACGUGGAGCUGAGACAGGACAAGGAUUUAGACCCUGGGGUUCUACUGUCUGGCCUGAAGCCCUGGACACAGUACGCUAUCUUUGUUAAGGCCAUCACACUCAUGGUUGAGGACAAACAUAUGCCGAGUGCAAAGAGCAAGGUGGUCUACAUUCGCACCAGUCCUUCAGCACCCUCCAUGCCUAAGGAUGUGAGAGCAUACUCAAACUCAUCGACUCAGUUGGUGGUGCGUUGGUCACCACCAGUCUCACCAAAUGGAAAUCAGACCUACUACCUGGUCAGAUGGCAGCAACAAGCUGAAGACAGAGAGCUGUACCAACACAACUACUGCUCCAAAGAGCUGAAGAUACCCAUUAGGAUUGCUGCAACAGGAGUUGGAGACCAAGAAGAAGACACAAAGCCCACUAAACCUGAUCCUGAUGGUGCAGAAAAAGGCCCCUGUUGCCCCUGCCCCAAGUCAGUGGAGGAUCUGGAGGCAGAAGCUGCUGAUGCCUCCUACCGAAAAGUCUUUGAAAACUUCCUGCACAACUCUAUUUUUACACCAAGACCACCUGAUCGGCGACGCAGAGAUCUUUUUGGAGUUGCCAACUCCACUCACCCCCGCCGUAACCAGCCACACACCAACAGCAGCACCAUCCCACCUCUGCAAGCUGGUGGUAACAGCAGUAACGUGGACCAGGAACCGGCAGAACGCGAGUUUGAGUUCAUUGAACAAGCUGUGACAGAGCGUGAGCUGCAGAUCUCUGGCCUGAAGCCGUUCACAGUUUAUCGCAUCGACAUUCACGCCUGCAAUCGGCAGGUUCAACGCUGCAGCGCUGCAGAGUUUGUCUUCUCCAGAACCAAGCCUGCAGAAAAGGCUGAUGACAUACCUGGCCUGGUGACCUGGGAGGGCCACGAGAACUGGGUGUUUCUACGUUGGCCGGAGCCCCCUCACCCGAACGGACUCAUUCUUAUGUAUGAGAUCAAGUUUAAACUGGCUGCUGAGACUGAGAAGCAUGAAUGUGUCUCCGGGCAAAUGUAUCAGACCCAGCGUGGCGUUCGUCUGUCCAACCUCAGCCCGGGCAACUAUUCAGUCCGUGUGAGAGCCACAUCACUGGCUGGCAACGGCUCUUGGACACACAUGGUGGAUCUCUACGUGGCUGAACGAUAUGAAAAUGUUCUCUACGCUAUCAUCUUUGCUCCUAUCGCCGCCAUCAUCCUCAUCUGCUUAUGCACUGCAACAGUGGUGUUCCUCAACAAGAAAAGGAACAGUGACCGGCUGGGGAAUGGAGUCCUUUAUGCCUCUGUCAAUCCAGAGUACUUCAGUGCAGCAGAAAUGUAUGUACCAGAUGAGUGGGAGGUGGCACGGGAGAAGAUCUCUCUGAGCCGUGAGCUGGGCCAGGGGUCGUUCGGCAUGGUGUACGAGGGGAUUGCAAAGGGGGUGGUCAAGGAUGAACCAGAGACCCGCGUCGCCAUUAAGACUGUGAACGAGUCAGCCAGCAUGAGAGAGCGAAUAGAGUUUCUGAAUGAGGCUUCUGUCAUGAAGGAGUUCAACUGUCAUCAUGUGGUCCGGCUCCUGGGAGUCGUUUCUCAGGGCCAACCCACACUGGUCAUCAUGGAGCUGAUGACCCGAGGAGACCUAAAGAGCUACUUACGCUCCCUCCGACCUAAAGAGCAACAGUGGUCAAGCCUGUCUCUCCCACCGCUAAAGAAGAUGCUUCAGAUGGCGGGACAAAUAGCUGAUGGAAUGGCGUACCUCAACGCCAACAAGUUUGUCCACAGAGAUCUGGCCGCAAGGAACUGCAUGGUGGCUGAGGACUUCACGGUUAAAAUAGGAGACUUCGGCAUGACCAGAGACAUCUAUGAGACUGAUUACUACCGCAAAGGUGGUAAAGGUUUACUCCCCGUCCGCUGGAUGUCACCUGAGUCUCUGAAGGAUGGAGUCUUCACCACCAACUCUGAUGUCUGGUCUUUUGGGGUUGUGUUGUGGGAGAUCGCCACUCUGGCAGAACAGCCUUACCAGGGUUUGUCCAAUGAGCAGGUCCUGCGCUUUGUCAUGGAGGGAGGACUGCUGGAGAAACCACAGAACUGCCCCGACAUGCUGUUCGAGCUGAUGCGAAUGUGUUGGCAGUACAACCCUAAGAUGCGUCCGGCAUUUGUGGAGAUCAUCAGCAGCGUAAAAGAUGAGCUGGAGCCGUCUUUCAGAGAGGUCAGUUUCUUCUACAGCGCCGAUAACAAGCCGGCUGACGCGCCGCAGCUGCACCUGGACGACGCCAACAACAUGACCGACGUCCCUCUGGACCCCACCUCUUCCACACAGUCACAGCAAACCCCGGCCCCCCAACAACAGACCCCGCCCUCUCCCAGCUCAGAGGCUCCUCCCGCCCCCUCAUUAGCCACCAGCUCCCCCUCCUCUCCGUCUACGUCAACAUCUGCCAUGGACAAGCAGCCGUCCGGUCAGCAGGCGGCCAACGGGCUGUCGGGGCGGGACUCGGGACAGGUUCUGGUAGCGAUGCGACCGUCUUUAGACGAACUGCCGCCUUACGCCCACAUGAACGGAGGACGCAAAAAUGAACGUGCCAUGCCCCUCCCCCAGUCGUCUGCCUGCUGAUGGGACAGACAGCCGCCAGACUACAAACCUGCCACCGCCGCUCUGCAGGACGCCAUGUCUCCGUGGGUGGGAGCAUUUUUUUUUUUUUUUAAAGUAAAAUACAGCAAAACAAUGUCCACCAACUGAGUGUAGCUACUUAGUGGGGAGCAAAGACUCACAGGAGGGAGAUAACUCUCUUUUAGUCCAUGUUCUGCUGUACCUCCACACACUCUUUGAUAUUCUUCUCAGUUUGGUUUCCACCAGCUGGCUGUCAGAUGUGACUGCUGAGUAGGAUGAACGAAAACGGUAAAAGAAAGAGAAAAAAGAAAAUCAUUUUGGGGGGAGAUGUGUCUCUCUUUAUGGCUGAACUUAUUUUAUAAAUUGUUGUUUGUUACUUUUUUAUAUGUAUUUCCAAAUGAGGAAAAUGUGUAGGCCUUUGUAAAUGACCAGCGCGUGGGUCGCCUUGUGGCGGGCAUUAUGGUGAAACUGUCAAGCAUAUCUAAUGAAGAAGCACUUGAGAGGGGUCAGCGUCUCCGUCAUUUAGUAGUCUCGUUGCUCUGCAGGUUGAGUGUCGACAGCCAGUCAGCUGAAAACACAUAACCAGAAAGGGCAAAGUCAAACCUGCCAAAUUUGCUGCCAAAAGGAUAAUUUUUUUUUUUUUUUGUCAAAUUCUCUGCAUCAUUGCUCUGAUUCUACAACUCACCAGACUGAAAAUAUAAUUACACUUAAAAUGCUUUUUGAACUUUAUCAAAUUGUAAAUGAUCAAAAACACAAGAUGUCGAUUAUAUCAGUCGAUCUUGUCACCAAGUGCUGUUCCUUAAGGUUUUACCCACCAUUUAAUCAAUAGAGACGCAAAAAAAAAGAGAUGAAACCCCUCAAAGCGCAGACUGCAGAGGGAAGGGCAUAAGGAUGAAAAUAAAUAUGAACAGUACACCUGUACCGCCUCUCAAUCAGAGUUUGCUCCAAGUCCAGAGGCAUUCUCUUUAAUGUUGUAUACAAACAGGUAUUUUUUAGACUAGUCUCUAGUCUCCCAACAUUUACAACAUCUCUAUGUGGGCAGAGCAUUUAUGUACACACCAGUUGUUUGUGUCACUUUUCUAACUUUUCUACGGUUGGAGACAUUCAUCAUGUACAGAAAAAGCUGCUAUUCCUUAUUUCUCUUGUGGUUGUAAUAUAGUUGAUAUCUAUAUAUAAAAAGAGAAAAACUCCUUCAGGUUGGAUCUAUGAACGUUUCCACUACAGUCCAUGUUUUUAUGCUUGUAAACUGUGUAAAGUGUAUCUGAGCUGGUUUUUGUUUCUAUGUUGCGUAAAAAGGUACGACAAUUUGCCUUGUGUUUUGAAACACCGGUAACGUCCCCUCCCAUCUGACCGGAGGACGCCAACGGUACGAAGGACCGCAGAUGUCCUCGUCUCCUCUCAGGACGCCUCGGCCUCUGUCCUCUGGAGCUCUAGAGACAACGCUACAGCUCAGAGGUCAGAGGUCAGGCGUCGCUGCUGAGUCCCAACUAAAUCUCAGGUCAAAGAGAAAAGAUGAAUCCUUUUCUUCUUUCUUUUCUUUCAGUUUUGUUUCUGUGCUGUCAUACCCAGAGACAUCCAGCCCAGUAUGAUUCUAUGUCCCUCUGCUUUUCAUUUGCAUUUUUUCUUCGAUUAUAACAGGAGUUGACGGAACCAGAAGGGGUGUUUGCACUGUAAACGCAAAACGAAAUUAAUUUGACGCAGCAGCCAGCUUCCAAAUCUUAUUUCUCAGAAGCAAAGUGUUCAAAUCGGUUUGAUUAAAACAGGAAGCUGUGAAUUCCUGCACUAUUUCAUGUUCUUUAGCUUUUCUUUGAGCGUCAGCAGUUGUAUGUAAAUUGCUGAAGUGAAAUUUGGGUAUGAAAAAAAAAAAGAGUUGUCGUAGAGGACUGACAGUUUGACGCAAAAUAUGACUUUAAGGCCAAGUCGAAUACUCAUUACAAAUUAAGCCAUAUUCAUUUACGACUAGAAUUAAUGCGGUUUCAUCACAUAUUUUGCUGAUACACACAUCAGGCUAAAACACAGACGAGUAUGAUCACAGAGAGGACCACGUGGAUUUUUAAAGGGUCAUUCGCCUCAAUAAAUUACAUUUGGAGUCCAAGCAGAGAUGUUUUUUGGUUAUUUAUAUUUUGUGAGUUGUAAGUCACUGUACAAAUAUCCCACCUUUUUUUUUUUGUUUUGUUUUUUUGGAGGGGGGGCAUUUUUGUGUUUUUCUGCAACUUAGGGAGAAAGUUCUGUUGUUUUUUUCAACCAUCCAUCUACCUCACACUUUUUCUCUCCCCCUCUCAAUCUAUACACAGAAAGACAAAGCAUCUCAUCUCAGUUGUCUUAGCGAGUUUUGAUUUUUUUUUUUUUUUUUUCAAACGGUCAAAUUCAAACCACAAAUCGAGCCAUCCUGAAGGGGGAGGGAGGCAUAGAAACACGGUGGCCAUUAGGGAACAUUAGCUGGAUGCUGGUCUGUCUGCCCUUUAGAUAAUCAGCCCAUCAUACAACACAGGUACUGGUCACACGGCAGAGACAAAGACGUGUGGUUUAGGAGAGUUUACACUGGUUAAUUUGUAAAACGGCAUGCCCUAAUGACAUUUUUAGUCAAUAUUUCCUGCUUUUUUGUUAGUUUACUGUGCCAGGCUUAUUGCUGUUUCCAUCAUCUGCAAGAAUGAACAAGCUGACAGGUGAUCUCCAUUUUUCCCACUCGCUCCAGUGGGCUUUAAACGUGCUGUUUGUUCCUCGUCGUUAUUGACUGAAGCCAUGUGAAGUGGCAGGUAGAAGGGAGGCAUUCAUAGGUAGAAAACAUCUGGUUUCAUUCGAGUCGUUUGAUGUUGAUGCUAAUGAUCCUGGACCGGUUGCUGUGGUAACAUUUCUGGUAACCCAGGAGUCGCUUAAUGAUGUGUUGUAUUUUACACAUAUUUAUUAGUUCUUCAUAUGUUGGUGAACAGAAUACCCUUGAGGGUCUUCGCUGCCACGUUGGGACAUCACAGCCAUUGCUAGUGCCUAUACCCGUUUCCAUGGUGAUCAUACAGAAACCCCAAGAAAAAGCAUUCCUAACUCUCCUAUUUGUACGAUUCUCUUUCCUCUCCUAACAAGGCAGGUUUAUAGUUUCCUGUCCUGGAAGUGUUGGUGUUUGAGUGGGGGGCCCUCCUGCAGUUUGUGCUGAUACAAUGAGGUCAGGAUGGAGUUUUUGUGGUCUGAGUUUUGCCACACUUUUACCACUGGAAUGCUUCACAGAGUGGACGGAAAAUCGAACAAACUGAUGUUUUUUUUGUUGUUUUCUUAUUUGUUACAUUGAUGGCCAAUUUGUUACCAAGAUUUUGAUGUGUGUAAAUUAUUCAUAGCCUUCCAACUCUUGCGUUUCUGUUGAAAUGAUCGGUUAGACUGAGGUUUCAUUUUGGUUUUCUUUUGUACAUGCUGUUGUAAGAAUUUUUCCUCUUAUCGAUAUAUUCUGAAUACUGGGGAAAAUUAUUGGCUGAAGGAAAAGAGAAUGUUUCUCUGAUUCUUUUUUUUUCUACACAAGAUUUAAGAUGAAUAAAAAUGUAUGCAAACUG